AAGUCUUAUAUGCAUAUAAUGUGGAUGCAAGGCGUUUUUCGGAAGUCAAUCUUACAUUUUAUAAAAAUGUAAAGCGAAGUAAGAUACACAUGAUAUAUGUAGUUAAUAUAUAAAGGGUAAAGUUUUCCUUGUGGAUCCAACAACUGAUCUUUUUCGUGUUAUUUAAUAGUCUUCGACGCGUAAAAUUCGAAAAGCUGCUAUAUGAAAUGUCAUUAAUAUUUUGUGAUUAAAAUAAUAGUUUCAGAGAUGGAUCUUGAUGAUGUUACUUUACUCGCUCAACAAAUUAGAGAAACAAACAAACUUUCCACAAAGGAUGCAACGUAUUUAAGAAGUUUGCGUAUACAGCUAAAAAAUCCUGUAUUACCACAACAUGAGAUUGAAACCCGUGCUGGAUCUCGUCCUCCAACACAUGAAGAAAUCAAAAAAUUUGAAGAAAUAGAAUCUAUUAAAAAAGGGUGUUAUAAUGCAUCAGAGGAUAAAAUAAUUGUUCAUAAUUGGAAAGAAUUUUGUAAGUUAAAUCACUGGAACCCUAAAGAGGUUCAACCAUUUUUACUCUUGAGAGAGGAAAAUAAAACAUAUAUACGCAGUAAAAAGGAAAGGAAAAGAUUUGUACAAUUUUUAGCAGAUGGUUUGCCAAAUAGAACUUUAUACAGUGUAUAUCACAGAUUUAGAACUUUGCAUGCAGAUAAUUUUCAAAGAAGGUUUCAUCCAGAUGAAGAUAGAAUGAUUUUGGAUCACUUAGAACAUAAUAUCAAUCUUGAUCAGAGGCGGAAAUAUACAGAUUUAGCAAAAGUUUUAAAACGAACUCGAAUUUCUAUUUGGCGUCGUUAUAAAUUACUCAAGAAAAAACGUUAUGAAAGACAGAAUUAUCAAAUUUUGUAUUAGAUUUUUAUGAUAUUUGUAUGUAAAUCGUUCGGGUGCAUACCAGGUCUAUUCGAAAUCAGUUUCAUGUCAUUUAUUUCACCAUCAUGAAUUUUCAAUUGAUAUCAGACACCUUUUCUCGUUUGAAAAAUAAUGAUUUAGCAAGAUUUAUAAAACGAAAUUGCACUAGGUGUCCGCGUGGACAUGGUAUCCGCCUCACAUAUAAAUGUGUCGAGUUGCUUGUGUGCUUGUCGAGUUAAUUGUCACAUCGUGUUGUUAAUUUUAUUUAUUUUCCAUAUUUUUGUAUAAUGUAUGUUUGGAUUUAAUUAAAUGAAAAAAAUGUUAAUCG